CCUUUCACUAGAAUGUUUUCUGUUGAAUCAAUAAUCAUAGAUACAACAAUAAGACACAUUAGUAACACAUAUCAGCAUUAUGUAGAACCAUCAAUGCCGCGCUAUAACAAUUAGGACUAUAUUUGAACCUCAGAUUAACAUUUGAAUGUAUUUAAAAGUUUAAAACUGUAAAGAUAUACAAUCGUAUGCACAUGGUGUAUCCUGAUGGACACAGUGGAUGGAGCGUCGAGUUCAACCUCGAUCGCAGCAAUGAUGCACAUCCAAAAGAUGAAUCUUCGGAACAGGCGUACACCAAUGGCUUGGACGAUGAAAAGAAAGUGAUGACAGUCACCCCGGGAUUACAUUGCGGUCCAGCAGGACGGAGAACAUUGAUCAAGUGGAUAGAAGACAAUUAUAAAAUGCGGAAGAAGGCGCAUCAUGUUAACCCAGGCGUGCGGGCUUGCAAGCUUUGGCAAGAUUCACAAGGAUUCUCCGAACCUAUAGCAAAAGCUAUAGUUGAAUUGUUAAGGCUAAACGGUGUCACAGCUAAUGUAACAUAUAAAGAUGUUUUUGAAAACCAUCUCUGCAAAUUAUUUUCAACGCUCAUCAAGAAGUCGCCGGACGAUAGAGAAAGAUUGAUCACGCUAACAGAAAAAAUGAUGUCAAUGUUUCAAGUAACACAAAUACAACCUCUUAUCUGUGAUGUAUUGGUUAAAUUAGACGAAAUACCACAGUUCGCCAUGAUAAAACUACUUGACAAAACGUCAUCAGCAGAAAAUUUCUUCAAGAUUGCACCAAUGACUGUGAAAAGGAAAAUAUUGGCGGCUUCACCAGAAAGGUUGUAUGACAUCGUGUCACCGCUUAUAGAAGAUGCAUUAUUUCUCCUAGAUCUCGGGAUCCUAGAAGAUGAUAUGAAAGAAACGAAAUUGUAUACGGGAUAUCAUAAGAAAUAUACCCAUAUAAUAGAAACAAUAGUAGAACUUAUUGGGCCGCCCAAAACACAAUGCUCCAAGACAAUAUACUUUUUAGUUCAACAGAUCAUAAGGGUGAUGUUCAUGAGAAGCGUGCUUACUGCAAAAUCUUCAAGAAAUAAAAUAAAAGAUAUAGAAUACGAAAUCGGGUUUGAACAUGUGGUCUUUGAUUCUGUCAAAUUCCAUAUGAUCAACAAUGAGGACGAUGAUCCGUAUGCUGUAUACAGGAGAUAUGCAGAAAUGUCUGUAUGCAUAGUCUACAAUCUAGAGAAAAACGCAGAUGAAACCGUUAGAAGCGUUAGUGAGAUCAAAUGUCCAGGCAACGGAGCAUGGAAUCUGAGUGCCAUUCGACAUUCAAUAACGGUGACAUACCAAGAAAAGUAUAUGUUACAACCAAACGAAAUAAUGGCUUUAGAACCACUGACUUCGGCUAUCCAACUAGUUACUACAAUAACAGAUGGGUCAACGGGAAAACUUCCAACGGAAUUGUUUCACAGAAUGACUAAACAAAAAGGUCAAAAUUUGAAGAUUAAGAAUGAUAUGGAACUGUUCGACCUUACAUUUAUGUUAAGCCACCCGCUAGUGGCCAACUGUAUCUUGGCAUAUGCAAUAGGAAUGAUAAAAGAUACAAGCGACGCCAUCAUAUCUCUAAGAGCAGGAAUGGAUGAGUGGUUAGCAUUGUUAGCACUGGGGCUAUCUUCACAUUAUAUAGCGGCAUUUAAGUACUUUGUAGAAGCGGAGCUUCAUCUAACUGGUGACAUAUGCUGUACAAAAUCAUUUCUGAAGCCAUUGAAAAGCGAGGGUAAACCGGUGUCCUUGUCGAAAUUGGUUUCAUAUGUAUAUCCUUUGGAUAAGGGUACCAAACACGGAGGGAAUGAUUUGCCGCCAUUCCUAACAAAUAUCACGAUACAAAAAACCUCAAAACAAGGAAAUGCCAAAGAUGAAAACAUGGAUUCGCAUCUGAGUUUCCAUGAAUUACUACUUAUGUAUAUGCCAAGGAUAGAUAUAUCGGCGUUAAAGAAGUUUAUGGCUGUCUGCGACGAUUUCUAUCUAAUAAGAGAAACUACUAAUGAUAUAAAAGCCGAUGGUACCCAGUUGUUAAGGAGCAUACUGGAAGCUUAUCAGGAGCCUAACCUAGAUCCUAGGGGCCUUAUACAAAAGAUGUCUACCGCUGUAGAAAACCAUAGAGAUACUGCGUCACAGAAGUAUAUAUUAGCAUUAGAAAAACUUCAUGGAAAAUUCAAGUUUAUCAACAGCAGCGUAAUGGGAAUAUUGACGAACACAUCCAAUAUCACAAAGCUAUUCCAGAAAAUGGUUGGUCUAAAAAUCAUCGCAAAGGGAGUAACACACAAAAUGUCAAGACCUGUGAUUAAGCCCGUUUUGUACGAAGAAAUCAAAAAGAUAAAUCUAGUACACCUCAGAAAACCGGCGGAUUAUCUAUGCCUAUGUCUUAUUAGGCUAGGAUUCUCAGCAAUGAACUUGGUGGAAUUCGACUCACUCGCGGAAUUCAUUGCCAACAUAACUAUUCAAGGACAACUUGCAGCGUUCAUCCCGCUAUAUGCAUUAGCAGCCAAGCGUGGAAGUUCACAGGAAAUAGAACGCCAUAUAAACAACAUAUAUGGCCUAGGGAAUCAACUCUUUAAUAACCAAGAGGACUAUCGCAAAAAGGAGUUGUAUACAGCAGCUUUCACUCAUAUCCAAGGAUUAUACGAUAUCCAAGAAACACAUAGCACGAUGCACCCACGUGAACAAACCACAGAACAUCUCGAAGAUCCAUAUAAAGAAAACAUAAUAAAAUAAAUAU